UGUCGUGAAGUGAGGUGUCUGUGAAGAUGCAUCGUUCCUCCUCCUGGCGCGUCGUCUUGUGGCUCAGCGUGGGGCUGCUCUGGGUGGCGCUGGGGGCGCAAGCAUACCCGUUUAAACCAGACAACCCCGGGGAGCAUGCGCCCGUGGAGGAUCUUGCCAAGUACUACUCUGCCCUGAGGCACUACAUCAACCUCAUCACGCGCCAGAGGUAUGGUAGGAGAGCACUGCCAGAAACGCUCUUCUCAGACUUUCUGUUGCGAGAGAGCUCAGAGACAGAGAACAUCCCCUCACACACCAGGUUGGAGGACCUCGCCUGGUGAUCAACCUAUCAGAGGGCAGCUCUUAUGAUGAUGUCAUCAUGAUGGACACUCACCUCAGCGGCCCUCAUGCAGCACACACACACACACCUCCUCUCACUCACACAUACACUCUCUCUCUUUCUCUCUUUCUCUCUCUCUCUCUCUCUCUCUCCCUCU